AUGGGCUGGUACUUGUACCCGACUACCCUUGGUUUUGUGAAGGUGGUACUUGUACCUGAUUACCCCGGUUCAAGGGGUGGUGCUUGCGUAGGGGCCAAGGCCGAGGCCGAGGCCGAGGUCGGGGUCAAGACCAAGGCAGGGGCCGUGGUCGAGGUCGAGUUACCGGUAGGGGGGGCCGAUGUUGAGUCCCAAAAUGAGGUUGGAAAUAAUUCAUUGGGAGUCCAAGCGGAAGCGGAGGGUGAAGACCAAGAGGUAAAUGGACGGGCUGCUAAUGCAUCCCAAGUGGGAGUUGCUAAUGCGCAUCCCAAGAUUGUACUUGGACCCGACUUCAUGAAAGAGAUGUUAAGUGCGAUGCAAAGGAUAGCUCAAAACCAAGUGUCGGCGGAGGAUACUAAGGCUUCAAUAGCAAUGAGGGAGUUUCAACGGCUUGGCCCACCAACUUAUAGUGGUGAACCAGAUCCGAUUGCUGCAAACGAAUGGUUAGAGCAAGUUACUCGAUUCCUUGAUACUCUUCAUGUCAAGGAUGAUGACUUGAGGGUAGACCUUGCAACUUUUCAACUUCGAGAAAACGCUCACCAGUGGUGGAAGUAUGCGAAGGCUACGGUUGAGGAAAAAUGGGAUGACUUCAAGAAAGCGUUUUUAGCAAAAUAUAUUCCAGAGACGGCAAAUGAUGCUUUGAGGAGGGAGUUUCAAAACUUAAUUCAGGGCAAUAUGUCAGUAUCACAAUACGAGGCUAGGUUCACAACUUUAUCCGGCUAUGCACCAGAGUUAGUGAGCACCGAGGAACUUAAGGCCAAAAGGUUUGAGAAUGGGCUUCGAUUAGGCAUUAAAGAAAGGGUUGUGGGAAUGAGACUACAACAGUAUUCAACAUUGGUAGAGGCAGCCAUGGCAAUUGAGGAUACGUUGUUAGAGUCAAAGAGGAUUAGGGAAUCUCGGUCUCAACAUGGUGGUUCAAGCACUCAGUUUGAAGGGCAUCAAGCAAAGAAACAUAAAAUAUCUGGUGGUAGUUCUUCUUUUCAAGGACCACCUCAGCAGUCUCGCUCAGUUCCAGCACAGUUUAUGGUUACUUCAAAUCGGUCUUCUGGAGGAGGCAUUAUAUGUUAUCAGUGUGGACAACGUAGGCAUCGCAAGUCAGAGUGUCCUCAAAAAGGGAGGUUUCAAGGACAAUUACAGACUCAAGAGUCACGCCAUGUUCAAGAUAGAAGCAUGAUCAUUUGCCAUCAAUGUGGGGAGGCCGGACACAUCCAACGAUUUUGCCUUUGGAGGGGUAGUGGUCAAAGUGGAGUGAGGUCACAACAAACUCAGUCAGUUCAGGCAGCUCCAGGACAGCUACCAUAUAGGCCACCUCAGUAG